AUGGCGCCGGACACCCUUCUCCACUCAGCAGAAGCCACGUCAAUCGAUGUUCUCAAGGGCAAGAUUGAUGGGGAGCGAAGAUACGGAUAUAACAUAGAAGGAAAGCAGAAGAGAAUCCUCCUAAACGCGUUUGAUAUGAACGGCGUUGGACAUAUCAGCAUAGGACAGUGGCAGAACCCAGAAGACAAGAGCUCUCACAAGAAUCGAUUGCCCUACUGGAUCGAGCUAGCGCAGCUUCUUGAAAAAGGAAAAUUCAACGCUUUAUUCUUAGACUCCAUGUGCUUUCUCAAGCCGGGUGGCUCAUGUGUGAAAGCCGACAACUUCGGAAGUCACGAUGUGUACCAAAAGAGCCAUGCUCCUGCCAUUAGAUCGGGAACCCAAUGGCCACUUUAUGAUCCAUUCGUGGUCAUCUCGGCUAUGGCUGCUGUCACGAAGAGCCUCGCUUUCGGUGUCACAGCAUGCACCACCUUUGAGCCCCCGUUCAUUCUGGCCAAAAGGUUCUCGACCUUGGAUCACGUCACUGAAGGCAGAAUUGCGUGGAACAUUGUCACCUCCUGGAGUGACAACGCUGCCCGAGCCAUGGGCCUGGAAAAGCUUCCGGAACACGACCUUCGUUAUGAGAUGGCGGAUGAGUAUUUAAGUUUGGUUUACAAGUUAGUAAACGUGCUCACGGUCAUGUGCAGAUAUUCUGUGCCAGCUGACAUGAACAUUAGACUCUGGGAGGGGUCAUGGGCAGAUGAUGCUGUGGUCAAAGACUCUGCAUCAUCUACAUUCACUGAUCCUACUAAAGUCAAGAAGAUCGUUCAUCAAGGACGGUUUUUCAAAUCCGAGAGUGCUCAUCAGGUCGAUCCCAGUCCUCAGAGAACCCCUCUCCUUUUCCAAGCUGGCAUGUCGCCGGCCGGGUCAGCAUUUGCUGCAAAGCACGCAGAGUGCAUAUUCAUCGGCGGCCCCAACCCGGCAUUUCUUGCAGGCAAGAUCAAGAAGACCCGAGACCUCGCCGCCUCACAAGGCCGAGAUCCAUAUGACAUUAAAUUCUUCAUUCAGUUUACCCCGAUACUCGGUGCUACAGAUGAGGAGGCUCAGGAGAAGUACGAACGCUACAAGAAGUACGCAAUUGGUGACGGAGGACUCGCACUUCUUGGCGGCAUCUCUGGCAUUGAUGUCAGCGACUUCCCACUCGACGAAGAAUUUCCCACGGAUCCCAAUCACCCGCUGAUGGCAAAACUCACACCGCAGCAGCGGGAACGUCUCCUGUCUCGGCCACAAGGAUAUGAGAGGUGGACACCGCGGAUUCUAGCCGAAUUCCAAUCCAUAGGGGGGAGCGGGAACUUCAAGGUUGGCAGCGGCAAGACUGUGGCUGAUGAGCUGGAAAAGUGGAUCACGGUUGCUGAUGUUGAUGGCUUUAACAUCGGACAUGUUGUCGUUCCUGGCGCCUGGGCAGACGUGAUAGAAUACCUCAUUCCUGAGCUCGAAGCAAGGGGAUGGCUGGGGAAUGGGGACUACGCAGUCCCUGGAGGAACCGCAAGGGAGAACUUAUACGCAACCCCUGGGGAUCCCAAGCUCAGAGCAUCUCAUCCAGGCUCCAAGUAUAAGUUUAGCAGGCAUGAUUAG